UGUACAUGGCAAAUUUGUAAUUUGUAAGAUUUUUGUGUAAAACAUGAAGUGAAAAACUAAUUAGAAUUUACAAUCAAAACAUGGCAUUUGUCAGUGCUGUUACCGGCGAUGACUCCACGAAAAAAUUCAUGGAUGUCUUACAAAAUGACUUUAAAACUCUUAGCUUAGAAACUAAGAAAAAACAUCCACAGAUAAGAGAGGCGUGUGAUGAGGCUAUAGAAAAAUUAGCACUAGCAUCAAAUAAUCCACAAGCCUCUCUAUAUGGGGUGGUGAAUCAAAUAUUAUAUCCUUUGGUGCAAGGAUGUGAAUCAAAGGAUGUGAAAAUUAUAAAGUUCUGCCUUGGCACAAUCCAACGUCUAAUAGCUCAACAGGGGAUUGAUGCGAAGGGUGCUCGUCAUGUAGUUGAUUGCCUCUACAAUCUUGGACAGGCGGCUAUGCUGGAGUUAAAACUUCUGCAGACAGCAGCCUUAUUAAUGACAACAUCUGAUCUGGUUCAUGGAGACACUUUAGCUAGGACAAUGGUGAUGUGUAUACGGAUGGUGUCACCUAGUGAGACCCGAGAUGUGAGUACGAGUCACGCAGCCGCAGCCACCGUACGGCAGCUCGUGGCUCUCGUGUUUGAGCGAGCGUUGGCAGAGGCCAAUGGUACCCUAAAAGUGAAUCCUGCUGAUGUCAGAAUGCAAGCGAAUAACAAAGCACCGAAGGACCUUAAACCGUGUGCAGUGGAUGCGUAUCUUAUAUUACAAGAUAUUAUUCAGCUAAUCAAUGGAGAUUCAGCGCACUGGCUUGUCGGUAUAUCGGAUGUACCAAAGACGUUUGGAUUGGAGCUUUUAGAUACAGUUUUAACUGAUUUUUCAGAUGUAUUUUUUAAGAUAUCCGAGUUCCGGUUUCUGUUGAAGGAACACGUGUGCGCAUUAAUUAUAAGACUGUUUUCACCCAAUGUCAAAUAUAGGGCGGCGUUCCCGUCGCCGCACAUCCCGGGCGCGGCGGGCGCGGCGGCGACGGCGGGCGCGCCCGAGCGCCCGCACUUCCCCGUCACCAUGCGCCUGCUGCGACUCGUCUCCGUCAUCGUGCACAAGUACCACGACGUGCUGGUGACGGAAUGUGAGAUUUUCCUGUCGUUGACGAUCAAGUUCCUGGAUCCGGACAAACCGCUGUGGCAGCGCGCUCUAGCGCUUGAAGUACUGCAUCGAAUCACUGUUCAUCCAGAUUUACUCAAAGCGUUCUGCGAAUGUUACGACAUGAAGCCUCACGCCACGAACAUAUUCCAAGACAUCGUGAACGCGCUUGGCGCUUACGUGCAGAGCCUCUUCGUGGCCUCGCAAGUCAAUACACCAGCUGGAUCAUCGAGCAUCCCUCAACAAGCCGGUUUCUAUUGGAAAGGAGUGUGGUUACCGCUUUGCGUCACGUUUGAACCGGGUACCGCUAAGGCAGUAUAUAUAGAGAUGCUGGAUCGUACAGAGGCGCCCACGAUACAGGACGGGUACGGCAUAUCCGUGGCGUACGCUUGCCUCGUCGAGAUUAUACGCUCGAUCGCCAUCACCUUGGAGGGAGAAGAUUACUUCAGAUUGCAAGAGCUUUAUGACGAUUCACAGAACGACGGAGAAGAUAAAGAAAUUAAUUCAAAUAAAACAACUAAUAACCAUAAAGAAUCCGAAACGACAUUAGACAAUGGUAAGGAAAUAACGAACAACGGACACGGAGAAGCGGAUCAAAACUCUAACGUAGUUGAGAAGAUCGAUCCAGAAGCAGAAGACAAGGAAAGACUGUUGAAAUUGCAGCUAAUAAAGUCUUCGUGGUGUGGCCUAGUAUGGGGCCUGUCUGUGUUAGCGGAGGCCAGCAUUGGCGAGCUGGAAAACAUUCUGCGUGCCAUACAGACAUUGGCGAGGGUCAGUGGGAAGGUGGGCGUGACAAACGCGCGGGACGCGUGCAUCGGCGCGCUGUGCCGCUGCGCGCUGCCGGCGCAGUACUGCGUGCCCGUGCUGGGCGCGCUGGCGGCGCUGGCGUGCCCGUGGCCCGCCGCGCGCCCCGCGCCCGCGCCCGGCGCCGACCUGCGCCACCACGUCGUGUGGGUCGGCACGCCGCUGCCGUGCGCGCAGCCCACAGGGCAGCAGCAGUCGUUCGUGAUGGUGACGUCGCGCCACGUGACGGCGAUGCGCGCGCUGCUGGCGGCGGCGCGGCGCGACGGGGACGCGCUGCAGCACGCGUGGCUGCCCGUGCUCACCACGCUGCAGCACCUGGUCUGGAUACUAGGUCUGAAGCCGUCGACGGGCGGCAGUAUGAAGGCGAGUCGGGCGAGUGCGGACGCGAACGCUGUGAUGAGCACGUCAGCUGUCAUGGCGGACUUACCUGGUCAGCAAGUUCCCGUGGCCGAGUCUCUCGGAGUCAUGAGUGCAUUAUCGGCUAUGCUGUCGCGAGUAUUCGAAGCUUCCAAGAAUUUGGACGAUGUGGCCCUCCAUCACCUCAUCGAUGCUCUGUGUAAACUUUCCAAUGAGGCCAUGGAACUCGCUUAUUCUAAUAGAGAGCCAUCGUUGUUCGCGGUCGCUAAACUCCUCGAGACGGGCUUGGCGAAUAUGCACCGGAUAGAGAUGAUGUGGAGGCCCAUCACGAAUCAUCUCCUUGAAGUGUGCCAGCACCCUCAUAUCAGGAUGCGAGAGUGGGGCGUGGAAGCCAUCACGUAUCUCGUCCAGGCCGCUUUCCAGUACCACCACAAUAACCCCGGUCUCGUCACCGAGGCGCGCGAGCGGCUGGUGCUGGAGCCGCUGGCGGAGCUGUGCGCGGUGCGGCACUGCGACGUGCGCGCGCGCCAGCUGGAGUGCGCCGCGCGCCUGCUGCACUCGCGCGGGGACCAGCUGGGCGCCGCCUGGCCGCUCAUGAUGGAGAUCAUCUCCGCCAUCAGCGACCACCACAGCGAGCAGCUAGUUCGUUCGGCGUUUCAAUGCGCGCAGCUGGUGGCCGGCGACUUGCUGGGCUGUGCGGGGCCGCGCUGCCUGCGCCGAGUCCUCGCCGCCGCGGCCGCCUUCGCCAGGCAGACCAAAGAAUUGAACAUUAGCUUGACGGCGGUGGGGCUGAUGUGGAACAUAUCCGACUACCUGUACCACAACCGCGACAAGCUGUCCGCCGCGCUGAGCAGCGAGGCGGCGGCCGCGCCCGACGCGCAGCCCGACCUGCCGCCGCUGGACCGCCUGUGGAUGUGUCUCUACAUACGCCUCAGCGAGCUGUGCACGGAGCCGCGAGCGCCCGUGCGGCGCGCGGCCAGCCAGACGCUGUUCAGCUGCAUCGGCGCGCACGGCACGCUGCUCAGCAAGCCCGCCUGGCGCGCGCUGCUGGCCGUGCUGUUCCCCAUGCUGGACCAGGUCCAGAAGCAAUCUAACAUUGCCAGCUCGGAGAAGGUGGACACUGGCGAGCAUAUACUUAUCCAUCACACUAGAAACACAGCGCAGAAACAAUGGGCGGAGACGCAAGUGUUAACACUGUCAGGCGUAUCACGGGUGUUCCAUUCGCGUUUUCAACUACUGACAACGGUAGGCGACUUCAACAGAUCCUGGACCGCGUUGCUUGAUUACAUUACAGAUUUCGCCUUGCGCAGGAGUCAUGAGGUAUCAGUAGCAGCAUUAAAAUCAUUCCAAGAAGUGGUGUCGGCUGCGGGCCGCGUUGAGGGCGAAGCUCCCCGACGAGUGUGGCCGGCCGCAUGGGCCGCCUGGACCACUAUCGCGUCCGGCCUCGGUGGACCACCACCUGCGUCAGAAGACGGGAAGCCGGUAGAGAUGUAUGCGCCGUCGCUGAACUUCCUCACCACACUAGUGCAGAUCUUUCCACUGAUCUUCCAACACAUACGACCUACAUUUACGGCAGAGGACGUGCAGAAGCUCGGCGAGUGCCUGUCGAACGUGUGCAGCGUGGAGCCCUCGGCCUCCGCGCUGGACGGGCUCGGCAGCGGCGCGCCCGUCAGCCUGCACGCGCUGCACUGCCUCGACACCGUGCACAAGGAGGCGCUGUCGCGGCACGAGCUGCUGGGCGCGCUGUUCUCGGCGCUGAUCGCGCUGGCGGGCGCGGCGGAGCAGGCGGGCUCGGCGCGCUGCCUGGCCGCCGCCGCGCGCCUGUACCGCGCCGCGCCGGGGCCCAGCGCGCAGCACGCGCCGCGGCUGCUGCAGGCUCUCCACACAGCGGUAAAGAAAUGUUCACCGGACAAGAGACGACGGAACAGCGACAGGGAGCGAGACCAACCAGACGAACCUACGCAGAUCGCCUCUUUACUAUUGCAGGUGCUAGCGACAGGAUUGCCUCUAGCGAGAGAAAACCCCGAUGAAUAUGCUGAAUUUUGGGAAAUACUGCCCACCGUUUUGGAGACGUUUAUGUUUGAGCCGCCAGUUGGCGGCACGGCGCAGGCGCGCGAGGUGGUGGGCGUGGUGCGCGACGAGGUGCUGCGCGCCGCGCCCCGCGCGCCCGCCCCCGCCGCGCGCCGCCUGCUGGCGCUCGUGCGCGCCGGCUCGCUGCACCACCACAACAACGCGCACACCGCGCACCACGCGCACCAAGUCCAACAGAACGAACAGGAACUAAAAGAGAGAGAGGAGUUCGCGAGGACUUGUUUCGAAACGCUUCUGCAAUUCUCGAUGCUUGAAGACAUGGAUUCCAUAACUGCCGCUGAAAAUGAAAACGACCCGCUAGCAAUAAUGCCACUAUUAGAUCGGUUUCAAGAAGUUAUAUCCAGGUAUAAUAAAGAAGAAGACAGCUCGGAACCACUACCCAGACAGCAGGCGUCGGAGGUGUCGUUCGUGCUGCGCGCCGUGGCCGCGCUGGCCGCCGCCAUGCGCCGCGCGCCGCCCGCGCGCGUGGACCGCGCCGCCUGGACCAAGCUCAUCGAUGUGUACCCGUCGCUGGUGCGGCUGGCGGGCGGCGCGCGCGUGUGCGGCGCGGGCGGCGCGGGCGCGGCGCUGCGCGAGGCGCUGCUGCAGUUCGGCGCGCUGCUGGCGCCGCCGCCCGCGCUCUAGCGCCGACUGCUCUACACCGCGCGCGUGUAGAGCGCGGGCACGGUGCGUCCGCCGCCUUGCCUCGUAGCCGAUCCGAGCGAUUCGCUUUGCUUGCGAGUAUUCUCUAAUUCACGUUUAAAAUUUUUUGUUGAACCACUAGUAUAUCUCAUGUUCAUACGUUACCCUACUACUCGCUACUAGCCUACGGAAGCUCUAGAAUUACUCAUCGUAGACGAUAUAUUGUCGGUGAGCAAAGACGAGUCGUUUCUGAAAUUCAGUGACCGGUUAUUAGUAGUAAAGUAUGCGUUACUCGCUAAGAAUUAAGAAAACCAGUGUCAACUGAGUGACUGAUACCUCAGAUAUGGUCAGUAUUACAGACAAAGAUUGCUAUAAGAUUUUCAUCGUUAUGUCGUUUCUCUGCUCGGCUACCAUAACUAACGAAACAAAUGAUACUUUGAUAAUUGAUUAAUAAUAUAUUUUAAUGUUUUCAGUUUCGUGUCAAAGAUGUCCCCGUGACAACGUAGUAUGUAAUAUAUAAAGCGUUAAACAUUGUUGAUAGAUACAUUUUGAACCUUAUCACAGAAGAUAUAAGGUAUAAAUUUGUUCAUUACUUUCUCAUUGUAUAGACUGAACUUAUUUAUUUGACAGAUUUAUAUGAUUUGAAAUUAAUGUAAACUAUUUUAAUAACAGUGUCAUAUGUAUAAUUUAGUUAGCAAUAAAAUAUUCAUACGACUCAUAUUUAUGGAUUAUAUUUUUUAAUCGUUAUUUAUAUUUGUAAAUGGAAAAUAUGGUUGUUUUUAAUUAAAUACUCUUUGAUACAACGACGGUAAUUGUACAAAACUCGUUAAAAGGAUUAUUCGAAUACAAUAAAUAAUAAACCAAUAAUUUAGUUGAAGAACAUAAAUAAAACACUAUUAUUUCAUUUGCAACUAAAUAUCAAUGAUAAUAUUGUAGUAGCUGACAGACAUGACAAAUGACAAAUCAUGAUCAAAAAUCAAAAGAUCGGCAAGUGUCAUAGUUUUGAGGAUAUUCCCAUGCCCUCACCUAUACUUAUAUAGUCGUUUGUCUUAACUAUCAAUUGACCAAAACUAGUGAGUCUGGAAAUCUGAUAUCUAAAACAUUUUUUGAGAAGAAUCGGGAUGCCCCUUUCUGUUUGUAUGAUUUCUACCCAAACAAAGUCGGGACAGGCAACUAAUGUUUCAUAAAACAAAUCUACAAUAAUAUUGUUGGUCUUUGUAAAAUAAAUAAUCAGCGGAAUCAUUUUUAUUGAAACAUUUUCAAAUACGCAAUGUUUAAUAUACUUUCAUUUUAUUUGUAUAUAUAUUUUAAAUUUUUAAAUUAGCUAUCUCUUAUUGUAAAGGAUGUUUUACUGUGCUAAUUGUCUUUGUGUGCGUGCUGACGGUACAGCGACAAUCGCAUAAAUCUAAAACCGUUUUAAAUCUUUUCGUUUUCGACUCCUGCUUUUUGAUGAUAAAAUAAAUUUUGUCAUAAUUAUCAAUAAUUUUUUGAACUUCAUACAAACUUCAUACAAUUUCAUGAAUAAUUGAUUUAUUUUUUUAGUUAAGAGAUAUUUUUUCUUUAUUAAUUGAACUUAAACAUUUAACACUUUGCAAUGUUAAACAUUUUUGUAAAAUAAGUGUUUGUCAAAUCACUUUUUUAUAAAUCGAUAUGAUUGCAGAAUAAAAUUAUUAUACUAUUAACUUCGGUAAGGUUUUUUUUUUUAAAAAAAAAACAUUGAUAAUUGUCAAACAUUACUCUUUUGUUUAAAUUUUGGUUUGUGCAGUUAAAUUGUCACGUUAAAUAUAAUAGCUACAAGCUACAAUACGUGCACUAUGUAGUCGAGUGGUUUUCUAUAGCGACUUCACUGCUCAAAUCAAGCUGCUUUGUUCGCUAUGUGUAGAUUGAGCAUUAGUGUAAAAAAAUAUGUAUCCUAUCUCUAUAAGUUAUGUAAAAUAUUAUGUUUAUUUGUUCUGGUUUUAUAUCACAUAUAUAUAGAUUACAUUAGUUAAUUAUAAGAUAACUUCCAAAUUUGCCCAAAAGAUGGCGCUAGUAUUAUAUAAUUGUUACUUUUAUACAUUAAUAUUAUAAAUGUUUAGUAUCACGAUGUUUAGAAUCGGUUAAAAAUACAAGUUUACUAGAUAGCAAUUAAAUUUAGGUUCACGUAAUAUUUUAUGCUAUAACAACACUUCCCAAAAAUUCCAAUUAAAAAAAAUAUAUAUAUAAUGAAUAUUUUGUCAGUGUUGCCAAACUUGCUAUAAUUUAUUAAAUAAUCGUUAAAUACAAUCGAUGAUUAUGGUGUAUUUUUUUAAUCAAAUGGGCUUCAGUGUUCCUUAUACGUUACGCGCCAAAAAUGGACGCCAAAUAUUUUAAAGUAAAUUAUUUUACAUAUAAUUUUUCUUA